CGCUGAUGAGGUGAGAUUAGUCAACUUUCAGCGUCGCUGCAGAUGCCGGAGCGUCGUCUCAGAUCGACAACAGAAAUAAUCCUGUGUUACCCAGAUUCUUGUGUCUCCUUGGGACGAACACAUGAAACAAUGCCCUUCUAUUCUGACACCGAAGGUGCUAAAAGCAAUAGAAGUCCCGCCAACCGAUCCGUCACCGACGGAAGCGAAUGCAAAGAAGCAAAUCUUUUGUUGUCGUUGGCAUCAUCGCACAAUAGGGAUCACAGGGCUUCGUCUUCCGCCGUGACACCUUCUCCUAUGUUUGGGAACGACGAUCGUUCGUUUAUUUCGACGGAAAAGCAAAUUUCAUCUUUGGGAUCGACGAGCGGACGAAACUUCCAUUCCUCGCCAUUCGAGCUCCCCGGGCGUCGGUCGUUUCCAACGAACAUCAAUCGAUCUUUAGCCCAGCCAAACUCCGACGACGAUGAACCUAGCCCCAAUCGAAAAUUGAAAGCCGAGGUGGCCGGGAUUCUUUCUCAGUCGGCGAAAAAAAGGCGAAAGCAAAAGAUACAGGGUGAAAGUCUCAGUGACUCCUCGUACAUUGAGUCCGAAAUUCACCCCAAUCCAAGUCCCGGCCAGCGUGUAAUAUCUCCCACCUUCGAAACCGGGCGGUACGACGACGAUAUGACAAUUCCGCCUCAUGCUAUGGCUCCAUAUCCACCGCACUAUGCGUCCAUACCGUACCCGGCUCCUUACGGUAUGAUGCCGAUUUACCCACAUGGGUACGGCCCACCUACGGCUAUGGGAUUCGCCCAUCCGGGCUAUGCUCCGCCAUACUACGGACUAAUGCCACCCCCGCUACCAGCAGCACAUGCAGCAGCUGCUGCGGCCGCUCAUUACCAUCAUCAGCAGCAGCUACAGAAAAGAAAUGAAGCGAGUGUCGCAAGUCGAUCAAGUCCCCUUUCACGUCCGGAUUCUAGUGCUUCUAGUGAAUCAGAAAGUGUUUCGUCUGCUUCGUCUUCGCCAACACCUUGCACCAGAAUCAGAGGUGAAUCUAUGAAAUGCAUCAAAAUCGAUCGCCCUUUUCCAGGGUAUGAAUACGCUUCUGGCAGAAAAGCCACUCCCUUAGACACGCCGAAAAUGCCCGAUUUUCAGCGGCUCGUCAACUUUCCUGACUUCUUGUCCAAAAAACAAUCGGAGGAAGACAGCGUUGGUCGACGUCCGGUGUCGAACCGUAACAGUGCGAGUCCUCCUCCAGGCAAAAAAUACUGCGUCAUGUGCGGUCGACUCCGCCUCUGCUCGACCACCGGUCGCUCCCACAACAGCAACGAUGCUAAAAAGGAGGAAAUCGCCCACAUUAUUCCUCGUCAGAACAAGGGUGUGUGUACGUCAUGCGACGUGGCCGUCUGGUCCGUCACGGAAGUGCCCGGGUUGGAUAUCAAGUGGUGUAAAGGAUGCAAGAAUUUUCUACCUUGGGAAAAGUUUGGUGAGAAGGGCCUUGCUACUAAAUGCGUGCGCUGUCGUGAUCGUCAAAAGGUAAAGUACGCGAUAAAAAAGUACGGCAAGACAAAAGGUCAAAAGUCUAAAAACCUGUUUUUGACUGUCGGGGGCGAGGACGACUUGUUGGCGGCUAGGCACUUGAGCUGUCUCCGAGCCUCGCCGUAA